AUGUCUGCUAUCGCGGAUCAUCGCGAUUGCUCGCCGCGCGAUGAGGCUUGCGCGAAAGCAGCGGUGCAGAAAGUGCUAGGGAUAGAAUGGAAUGCAACAGGAGACUACCUCUCCAUGUGCUGUACUUUACCAUUCAUAGGCCAAGUCACAAAAAGGAUUGUAGCGCGACAAAUAGCGGCCGUAUACGACCCAUUGGGGUGGCUGGUCCCACUGCUGACGCAGGCAAAGCAUUUCCAACAAACCUUGUGGAAACACAAGUUCGAAUGGGACAAUAUUCUUCCAGCAUCCCUCCAGGAGCAGUGGCAGAAAAUCACACAAAACAUCAACGGGUUUGCCCGUACCUUUCCACGACGAUUUUUCACACAACCUCAAGACAAGGACACUUGCAUCGCAGUGUUCGCUGACGCCAGUGACAUCGCCAUGUCCACAUGUGCGUACCUAUUCGAUGGAAAGCACUCCGCGCUGGUAAUGGCUAAAUGCAAAUUGCCAUCGAUAAAAACGACCACUACAAUGCCAAAGAUGGAGAUGAACGCAUUAACAAUGGCAGCUCGAUUGACAUGGUCAGUAUACCAAGCCAUGAAGGAGCCCUGGCCAAAUAUGUCCGCUUCUCCACCACAAAUUGUCAUCCUUUCGGAUUCCCAAAUUGCAUUGAGCUGGCUAACAACGUCAGAGGAAAAGGCCAGUCCAGGUGUCCUUAUUUCCAACCGAAUAAAGGAAAUACGCAAGAUCACCGCGGCCCUAAACGACGAAGGUCUUACAGUACGUUUCGCAUAUGUAAACACAAAAGACAAUCCUGCUGAUGCGGGAACACGGGGGCUGAACCAGGAACAGUUACAGGACCAUCCCUGGUGGACGGGGCCAGAUUUUUUACGGACACCUAUCAACCACUGGCCCACGAUUUUUUAUCCAUAUGACUGGCAGGGUACUCACGAAACGGAAGAAUUGCAGCCUCCCACUGAAGCAGGUACAGUCUCGAUCACAAUGAACUCAGCAUCAACGAGACUUCUGCAAGAAUCCUGCAAUGACCUGAUCGACGCCAAACGUUUCAGCUCCUUCAAGAAAGCAAAGAGAGUGACAGCAUGGGCGCUGUUGUUUAUUAAAAAACUGAUGCGCUCACUACCACAACAGUCAGUGGACAGGAUAUUCCAGAAAAUACCAGAGCUACGGACCAUACAGGACACAACAAUACUUUUGGGGCAGCACAUCAAAGCGGCACGGAUUGCGCUACUCCGAAACCAUCAAUCUUCAUUUCUAUCACAUUACCAUAAAAAACUGCGGAAUGACACUUUGCGUCUAUAUCAAGACAAGGACCUUCUAUGGCGAUCACAAGGACGCCUCCAGAACUCGACAUUAGGAGCAGAUGCGAAAUCACCCAUUUUCGUGGCUCCGAAUACACCUCUGUCACAACUCCUCAUCAAGGACGCUCAUGGCGAUUACCAUCAAGGUGUGGAACAUACAAUCGCCACAAUUAGACAAACGUACUGGAUACCAAAAAUACGGCAACAAGUACGAAAACUAGUGAGCAAAUGCGUACAAUGCAGACGACUAAAUGCCCUUCCUUACCCAUAUCCAGACAUGACUGAUUUACCACAACAAAGGGUUAUGCGCAGCCGUCCGUUCCAGCAUAUCGGGCUCGAUUUCUUCGACUUACCCUCCACACACCUGGAAGCCGGUAAAACUCACGGCUAUGGUUGCAUUUUCACCUGCAUGGUUACCCGUUUGAUUCAUCUGGAAAUGGUAGACAGCAUGAGCACGGAAGAUUUCAUCAACGCCUUACGAAGAUUUGUGGCUAGAAGAGGUGUUCCUGACUCUAUCACAUGUGAUAAUGCCCCGUCUUUUCUGCUCGGAGCCAGCAUUUUAGCAGGUUCACCUCAAGGGGAAACCCUCAGCUCAAGUAUACAUAACGCCACAUCAAAUCAAGAGAUUCAGUGGAACCACAUCACUCCCUACGCACCAUGGCAGGGCGGUUUUUAUGAGCGCCUCAUCAAAUCCGUCAAACACGCUUUAUAUAAGUCACUACGAGGCACAAAUCACCGUUCCGGAGACCAUUUACGAACGAUCUUGACGGAAAUUGAAGCUUGUCUCAACUCAAGGCCGCUCACUUACCAAGGUGAUGGACAGGAAGACUUUUCUUCCAUUCGACCAAUCGACUUCCUCCAAAAGGAUUUGACACUAACCCUACCAACCACACACCUCACAGAUCCCAUGACAAACGAUCCCGACUACCAUACCCCAGACGAGAUUCGAGCCCUCCAAACUCGUCAAGAGGUCAUUGCUUCCUUACAAUCAUCAUGCGGUGCCACGGAACGAUUUUGGACUAUUUGGCAAAAACAUUACCUGACCUGCCUACGGGAAACGCACAGAAGGACAAUCUCAAGUAAACGACAGGGACGAGAGACUCCUACCAUAGGGGACGUGGUUUUAGUAAGCGAUCCAGUAAUUCCACGUAAUGAGUGGAAGCUAGCACGAAUUACCGAUACUCGAGCAGGACGGGAUGGGGAAAUUAGAGAAGUCGAGCUUCUCACGCCAGCGCGCAGAAAAAUACGACGACCUCCAAACCUUCUCAUCCCUCUGGAAAUACAGCCUGCUACAACUCCGUCCCACACCACACCAGGAGAUCACGCAGUAUCAGACGGGACAGACGAACAAAUACCCACUUCUCAUCCUUACAACCUGCGUCCGCGACGCGCAGUACAUUACGCUGAUGAGCAAGUGGUUACGACAACUCAAACUGCAACAGUCAGACGUUUCCCACCAAAAUGGUUCCUAUUCUACAUCAUGAUCAUCACAUUGUUCACAACUUCGUCUACUUUUGCCAACAGGGAUAUAAGCAUGACGUGUAGCAACGAAGGUGUGCUCGUUCAUACAUCUCGGAACGAUCCGUUUGAAAUCUGCGCGGACCACCAUUGUCAAAUGAUCACCCCAGUGACAAACCCCUUCCUUGUCAAAUUUCCACCAGAGGUAACACUUCAUGACUACCUAGUGUCACUUAAAUGGAAUACCGGAGAUCAACUGGCAACCAUGGAGACAAUGUGCCAUCGCCUCAAUUUCUGUCAACAACUCGAUUGUUGGAUAUGCUCAGCGGUCGUCUUCAACCCCGAGUGUUGGCCAAUGGGUGCAAUAGUCAUCACAGCACUCCUCUUAUACGUUAUAGUAGCCAUACUAUAUGUACUCCUGUAUGUUCCCAUGACUAUGGGAAAACCGAUCCGUAUCAUUCUCAUCGUGCUGAGAAGGAUCCUCCUAAUUUUGGCAUCUGCACUCAUAAAGCUCUGCAUGACACUAUGCCGCAGGAUGAGACGACGACGGCCACAAUCGCACAGAGACCGUUUGCUAGCAGUUUUGGCAAUAACUCUUGCCGUAUCCACAUAUGCGAUCCAUGCGUGCCAACAAGUAAAUGUACUUGAACAUCGCUCCACUGUAUGUAACAACUACGACGGACACGAAAGUUGCUCGAUUUACCUGAACGAGCUUCUCAAAAUCAACACUUUCCAUCGUGAAGCCUGUCUACGACUCACUCGAAACGCAACCUUGAUCGCAAACGUCAAACUUCGUUGGAAAGGCCUCUACCUACACUGUGAACAGGAGUCGAGGAUCUUCACACGAGCAGUGGAGCUGCAAAGGAUUGACAGCAAACGCUGCCCGCACAUGGGCUCGUGUCAAGGUCAAAAAUGCGCCGCGAUCCACCAUUCAAGUCUGAUACCGGAACUUGAGGAAGGAAAUAAAUAUCCAGGUCGCACAGGCUGCAUGGAAUCGUGCGGCGGCCCAGGAUGCGACUGUUUCUUCUUAAGUUCCGGUUGUCUGUUCUACCGCGUAUACGCGGUGCCGAAGAACAGCAAAGUCUACGAAAUAUUCCGCUGUACCCGAUGGACUGAACAAGUAAAAUUGGAGGUGACAAUUGAGGACCUCAGCUCCUCUGAAGGAAAAAGGCGAUAUGUCCUCGCUAUAACUCCGAACGUGCCCACGGAAGUACCGUCAAUGACAGUUACGAUGACGGCGGUAACUCUACCUCCUCUACCCAAUCUCUCCAAAGAGUUUGUCACAGAUGGACGAGAUGUCGCGAUCUGGAAUAAUCCUUUUACACCGGACCUUCUCUGUGCUUCUUGGCGCCACGCUAGAGACAUGAACUGCACCCUCAAAGAUGAUUGCAGAUGUCACGCCGCGGAAAACAGUGUCAGCUGUGCAUGCCCUACAAAAGAUAUCCUGGCAUAUUUCAAGCAGCUCAACUUAGUUCUCCCAGUGAAAACAGCUUCCUGGGAGCUAUCGCGACGACUCAAUGAGACAGUCACAGCAAAAAUUUCACAAAUGGUAUCAGCGGACUUUGUUGUUCAGUUCAAGACGGUCAUCGAGACUGCGAAUCUCCUUGUCACCAACAAUGUGUGUAACAUCGCCAACAGCGAACUGGAGGGAUGCUACUACUGUGCGAAGGGAGCUACAGCCAAGGUCACCUGUAGAUCAUCAACUAACACGCUCGGAGAAGUCCUGUGUGGUCGCCAUGCCUUUGUGGUACCAUGCGCUCCCACUUCACCUGAGUCAAAUCUCUAUUUCCACUUGGAUUCCGCACGCCAACUUCUCAAUUGCUCGAUCAGAUGUGGAGAAACCGUGCAUUACUUCGUUCUAUCGGGUAUUCUACGGUACACGAGCAAUUUUCAUGCUGCAAUGACUGACUUUAUUCAAGGGAACACUACCGCUUACCAUGGUUUCCAGCUCCCAGACUUUCACCACAUACUGAACGUCUUCAUGGACUGGUACAAAGUACUGUUUGUCAGCAUUCUGGCAGUGAUUUUUGCCUUAUUGGUGUCCUACUUGUGCCUACAAUCUCUGGGAAUACGCCUCAUGACGCUCCUUUUGCGCGGCGCACUUACCCUGCAAGUUAUGGAAUUCAACUCGGCUCCUCCUUCGCCAAACCCUAUCCAUUCGGCAUCCACUUCAUGUCAGCUACGUAGCUUACAGCACGACUAUGAAGAGCUGCUACACGCUCUGCCGCAACUCCCCACCCCCCAACAGCUCGUGGACCAGAUUGCGCGAACCGUGGAAACGCUUCACAGGACGAUGCGCUCCAUCCUUCACCUGGAUACUCAAAUAGAGGCCCUCCGAGCGGAUGAUAGUUCGUGGCAGACCAGAUACUGGAAACACAGCAUGGCAGCCGCUUCCGUGGAUAAGCUACGCCUCGAGUUGCUUCUGUCGCGAACGACACUCACGUUCCUUUUUUCCUUUCCUCCACUCCUCGUAGCUACACGCGUGAUAUCGCUGGAGCAAUGGAACGCCAAACUAGCCGAACCGCGCACGGAUACUGAAGGUGAUACCUUAGCCAUGGGACUCAAGGACUUAGAGAACACCAUUUCAGAGCAGCUCGGAUUCCUUCAACAUUACUCCGGACUACUCCGAACGAUUGGCGAGAGCAUUGCGGAAGACCAGUUUCAAGAUCAGCAGAUCGAGGACGAGGACAACCGAUUCUUCGAAAACCUGAUAAUACGCAAGCUCGACAACAUCACGCACAUACUACGAGGAUCCCAACUGGAGCAUAGCGCGACGCAGACCGAGUCUGCGGAGGACCAUCGCGGCGCGGAGGCUGCGGAGACGCAGGAUUCGGGCGCGCGGCGGCAGGAAAGCGAAGAGGGACGGGAACAACGCGCUAUCGACGACAACGCAGAAUUCAUGGAAGAACUGCAAGAGGAAAUCCGUCCCGACGACGUUUUUGUCGUUGUAGACGAGGUCGUGGGAGCCGAGGUUACCGAGGAGAACGCUUAUCACGAGGAGGCGCUGGCACCAAAAGAUACGAGCGAGACAAGACGUCUCAACGAGGAGAUAUUACGUGUUCUCACCGAAAAAAGGGACCUGGAGCGACGGAUUCACGAGAUGGCGAACGAGAAGACUUGCCCUCGCCGCAGAUUUGAAACAGGGCAGAUCAGGAACGAAAACGAAACGACGAUGCCGUGCGUCUUUUGUGGACUAAUCGGCGUGCAUUACUCGGACGCUUGUGAUGUCUACCCCGACACCCGCCGGAGAUGGCGCAUAAUACGCGAAGCCGCACGUUGCAGGGGAGCGUGCACAUCAAUUCAUGCAAUGGUUGAUAGCGCAACAAUCUUUUGCGGUCUCACAUACUCGAUCUUAUCCGGUUUUCUGCUACCAUUCUAUAUGAUUUUAACAUAUGUUAUGGUAACGAACACUAGAAUCACGAAGAUGGUUUCAAAUAGAAUUGUUAUCCAGCUGAAUAUUGCCGAUUGUAUCCAAUUAGUAUUACACUUCAUCAGCGGUUGUUUAGUUCUGUUUCCGAAGAUCAUCGAAAAAGAUCGUGUAUUUGUUCGUAUUAUCGGUGCUACUAUCAACGCAUCUUGGCUUGUCACCUUCCCAAUUUUAUGUCUACUAGCAUUUGCUCGAAUACUUAUUAUCUUUAAGUAUGUGUCGCCAUUACAGAUGCAUUUUGGGUUAAAGAUUGCUAAUACUGUUGCAAUGCUCAUGGGUGGUUGUGUGCUAGUUCUGGGUAUUGCUGGAUUACAUUUCACAUUUACGGAUCUUCGUUGGGAAUAUGAUAUUCACGCACCGUUUGUCAAUGUUGUGCGAAACAUGGAACUCUACGCAUUCACGCCAUGUAUACUGCUUUCAUAUUUCGCUUACGCGGGAGUAACUCUUCACAUUCGUGCGGUGCGUGGAAUGGCUCAAAAUUCAGUACUACCUCGAUACGAAACCCAUAUAUUUCUCCAUUAUUUUGUUAAGAUAUUUCCAAAGUUUGUGAUACUGAUCGUGAUAGAGAUCUUAGAGGGACGUAUCGUGAAAUUUUCAUUGUCUGGAUCUUUCAUGGACAAUAUGAAGGUCGGGAUGUAG